CCCGCCCCUCGGUGCCGCUGGCCGCGCCCCCGGGCGCACGUGCCGCCCCGCCCCUCUGCCCCGUUUCACAACCGCGGGCACCGGCGGCUCCGCCGAUGUUUUUUUACCCGGGACGGGGCGCAUGGCGCGGUCGCCGGGGCCGCUUCUCCUUCUUUUCCUUCUCCGCCUCCUCCUCCGCCUCUCCGCCGGGCGGCCCUGCGGCCCCGCAGAACUGUCACAGGACACAGUGUUGGGCCGCCCGGGAGCCAACAUCACGCUGACCUGCCAGGAUGCGGUGCCUGCGAACGCCUCGGUGCUGUGGCAGAUGGAGGAGCGGGGGGCAGCAGGGGGCCGGGAACGGCGCCUGGCGGAGGGGAACACGCUGCUUCUGCRGCGGCUGCGCUACGAGGACUCCGGACGCUACAGCUGCUCCGUGGGGAGCCACCUGCGGCGCUCCCUGCGGCUGCUGGUGGCAGARCCCCCCGAAACUCCCCGGGUCUCCUGCUACCGGCGGAGCCAUGACAAGGAUGUCCUGUGUGAGUGGCCACAGCAGGAAAAGCCAUCCCCGGGGACGCGGGCGAUGCUUUGGGUGAAGCGGAGGUUUGUGGCUGAGAAUGCCACGGAGCAGCGGUGCCGCUACUUCUCCAAGGCACGGAAGUUCGUUUGCCGGGUGAAGGUGCCACCUGGCACUGAUGACACCAAACACCUGGUGGUGUCCACGUGUGUCAGUAACGGUGCUGGUGGCUCGGCUGGCAAAGACAAGAUCAUCACCCUCAGUGGUGUCUUGAAGCCAGACCCUCCCAUCAAUGUGACAGUGGUGGCACUGGAGGAGGCGCCGCAGCGGCUGCAGGUCAGCUGGUCCUACCCCUCAUCCUGGGACCCGCGCUUCUACUGCCUCCGCUUCCAGGUCCGCUACCGCCCCGAGCCUGCCCCAGCCUUCAUGGAGGUGGAUCAGGUGACAACAACGUGGCUGGAUAUUCGUGACGCGUGGCGCGGGACAAGGCACGUGGUGCAGGUGAGGGCAAAGGAUGAGUUCGGCCAUGGAGCGUGGAGCGAGUGGAGCCAGGAGGCUGUGGGCACCCCGUGGACAGACCCCAGGGACUUCACCUCUGAAAUGGAGCCUUUCAGCUCACAGGUCCUCAUGGAAGAUGGCACCUAUGGGGUGACACUGCCCCCCAAGUUCUUCGGAGAGGAUCAUGCUGAUGGUGCUGGGGGGUCUGUCAUGGAACCCAGCACCCAUCCUGUGGCAUUCCCCUACGCCUUCCUGGUGACCGGGGGGAGCCUGCUCCUUGGCAUUGCCCUCUUUGUUGGCAUCAUGGUGAGGUACAGACAGACACGGUGGACAAGUGGGCAGGAGAGGACCAAGCCAGAGGGCGAAGGGCAGCACAUGCUGGUCCCCCUAGGCCUGCCCCCCACCACCACACUCAGUGACACCCCUCUGCUCUCACCCCCUGCUCCCUCAGCUCCUGGARUGCUCCACACCACCCACUCAGACUAUUCCUCCUCAGGGCAGUAGCCAGGGGCUGAACGUGCUUGUGGGUGCUCCCAGGGCUGCCGUGUGGCUCUGGGAGCAGCUUGCCCCUCUUCUCGGGUGGCUCUGGGGCCAGGAGUAGCCCUGAGGAGGGAAUUCAGUGCCACCCCCAUGGAGAAGCAGCUGGGCAGGGCCCCAGACUGGGUUCUGGGGGGCACCUCCAGUACCGUGGCCAAACUGGGAUGGCCAAGAGGGACAGCGCUGGAGCUACAUCUGUGCCAGAGUGCAGGAGCUGGCCUGGGACUGCGUUUGGGGGUCCUGCAGGGAAGGGCCUGGUCCCCUGGAGUGCCAUGGGAGCUGGGGAGGGAGGGGGGACCUGGCUGGAUCGGCCCCAUUCCUCUGCUCCAGCCCCCUCGGGCUUCCUUUUUAAAGCACAUAUUGGGGAAACAGGACAAUGUGGCUCCAAUAAACACUUUGAAUUUA